AUGCCUCGGCGUAAGAAGAGGAAUUGGACGAGGUGGGAUGCCUGGAUUGCAAAGCAGGAAACGAAGAAACCAGCUGAUGAGCAGAAAUUGGAGGUAACAGGUCAGGAGCCAGCAGAUGACCUGGAAGUACAAGUAAGAGGGCAGGAGCAAGCAGAUGACCUGGAAGUACAGGUAAGAGGGCAGCAGCCAGCUGAUGACCUGGAAGUACAGGUAAGAGGGCAGGCAGAUGACCUGGAAGUACAGGUAAGAGGGCAGCAGCCAGCUGAUGACCUGGAAGUACAGGUAAGAGGGCAGGCAGAUGACCUGGAAGUACAGGUAAGAGGGCAGGAGCCAGCAGAUGACCAGGAUGUAGAGGUAAGAGAGCAGGAGCCAGCUGAUACCCCAGAAGUAGUGGAAACAGGGGAGUGGAAGGAAGAGUUCAUGUUCAAUCCCUUCACAGGAAAUGAUCAAUUGGAACUGGCAGACCAGCUGAACCUUUCUGUGGAACGAUAUCUCAAUAUUCAGGAAAGGAAUGUCCCUUUGGAGGCACCAAUCAGUCCCAUCAGAAUUAUUGGGGAUGCAACAGUUUUCAACAAAAGACAGACAAGGAGUAUGUCACGGCGGCACAGAGAGGAAACUACAGAAGCCUCACAAGUUGCCUGCAUCAAGAGAAAGACUGUGCUGAAUGCCAAUAAUGAUGACGACGACCGGAAAAGGGUCAGACGAGACCGAGAAAGGAAACGGUACCAGGAGGAUCCGGAAUAUGCCAAGGCCCAACGGGAUGGAAAGAAGACUCGAUAUAGCACAGAUAAACAGCACGCCCAGGAGAAGCGCGAAACGGAACGGGAGCGAGCACUGGAGCGCUAUCACACUGAUGAUGACUAUGCCAAGCAGAAGCGCGAAACGGAACGGGACGGUACGUCUAUCGAUGCAGACUGGGCUACUUCUUGGAAUGAAGAAGGAGGCCUUGUUGAACCAUCUGAUGCUGAACAAGGAGGGAAUGGCACCUUAGAAGUUCAUACAGCUCCUGAGCACCGCGAGUCUGUCACUGAAGAGGGGGAUCAUAUGGAAGGGCCAACUAGGAAUGAUAUGGAAGAUGAUGAAACAGACAACGUUAUUCAACUAGGUAAAUGA